AUGUUGAAGAUAUUGUUUUCAUUUUUAUUGAUUGCUUUUGCUUACUUUGCUAGUGCAGAGGAAGCUUAUUUCAGAUUCAUAAACGAAAGUCCCACAUUUGCUAUCAAGCUUACAAACAGUACUUUGAUUCAGCAUGCCAGAGAGCUUAUCAGUGGCAACACAACAGAAAGCCCUCAUAUUCAAGGCAGAAUCGUAAAGGCCAAAGUACACUGGAACUAUCCCUGGAGCUUUAUGGUCGAACCUGACUCAAUUUCUUUCUUCAACGCAACUGAGGACGCAGUUUGCGAUAUGGGUAUUCGAUGGAUCAACCGUCACCUCGAUCAAGUCUGUGAUACUCUUUUGCCUGGUUGCCAUUGGUGCCCAUGGACCUCUAAGCUUAUCGAAGAAAUCAAGCUCUAA